AUGUUAGGAAAAGGUAGUUCAAUUUUGGAGAACAGUAUUACUUUUCUGGAAGAGUACGUACCAGCAUGGUUCGAGAAACGUGAAUUGAAAGAAGAUAGUUCGCCGCUGUUUAUAUUCAUAUCAGGUCCACAGGGAUCUGGAAAAUCCUAUACAACGACUUUUUUGCACAAGCAUUUGGUGCAAAAGUAUGGCGCAGAAAGAAGAAUUGCAAGCAUGUCAAUUGACGAUUUCUACCUAUCCCAUGACGAUCAAAUAACGCUCGGUAAGAGAUUUUCUAGUAACAAAUUGCUUCAAGGAAGAGGUCUGCCCGGGACGCAUGAUAUUCCACUACUUUCACGUUGUUUGGAAGCGAUUUGGAAGGGGGAUGAAUCAAAGGUAUCCUUACCGCAGUACGAUAAAUCGAAGUUCAAUGGCGAAGGAGACAGAAGCAAGGAGGUUACAGUUGUAGAUCUUCCAUUAGAUAUUGUGAUUAUAGAGGGAUGGUUUCUUGGAUUCAAGCCUGUGUCAGAAAUUCCCGAAAGCUCUCCAUCGGAAUUUUUUCAAGGAACUCCAGAUAUGAAACAAAUCGACGCAAAUCUGCAACUCUACGCUCCAUUAUUGUGGUCUAAUCCUCAAAUAUGCUCGUUAGGCAUAGUAUUCGAGGCGGAUGAAAUCGAGAAUGUUUAUAAAUGGAGACAGCAACAGGAGUGGGCCCUCAAACUUAAAGAUGAUCAGGGAAUGGACGACGAGGGCGUGAAAACCUUUGUUGACAGAUAUCUCCCGGCAUACCGACUAUAUUACGAAAAUAUGGUUCGUGCAGAAGAUUUGGGCUCCAUGGCGACGCUAACUUUAGGAAUUGACCUGGAAAGGAAUGUGAUUUCGUGUAAGAGUAGAUGCGUUGAAUAA